GCGGGACUCGGUGCGGCCGCUGGACGUCUGCUGGACCGAUCAAAGACCCUGGACUUCCCUGGUGGCACAGUGGUUAAGGACAUGGGUUCGAUCCCUGGUGCAGGAAGAUCCCGCAUGCCGCGGAGCAACUAAGCCUGUGUGCCAGAACUACUGAGCCCGCGAGGCACAGCUACUGAGCCCGCGCGCCUAGAGCCUGUGCUCCGCAACAAGAGAAGCCACCAAAGUUUUUCUUUGACUUGAAAACUAAUGCCAGUGAAAGUACAUUGAAAUAAGGUGGUACAAUAAGAGCUGGCUUGAUGGAAGAAACUUGUCAGUGAUUGUACUUCAUAUUGGAAGUAGAAUCUGGAGUCAAGAUUUUCCUACUUUAAGCAGUUUUGAUGGCAGAAAGAAGAAGGUCCUACAGUGUAGGGGAAGCAGUGGAGGAACUUGUGGGACCUGAUGGACAAAAAUGGGCCAAUAUGGAUCCGGAAGAACGAAUGUUAGCAGCUGCUACAGCUUUUACCCAUAUCUGUGCAGGGCAGGGUGAGAGAGAUGUCAGGAGAGCAGCCCAGUGCAUCCCAUAUGAUCCCUACAGUAAAGCCUCAGUAACCCCAGGAAAGCGACCUGCUCUUCCUGUGCAACUGCAUUACCCACAUAUAGAAAGCAAUGCCUCUUCAGAAGCAGUCUCAGAGGCCUCCCAGAGACUCCGAAAGCCCGUGAUGAAGAGAAAGGUGCUGCGUCGAAAGCCAGGUGGGGAAGUAUUAGUGACGGAUGAGUCGAUCAUCAGUGAAUCAGAGUCUGGUACAGAAAGUGACAUGGAUGUCUGGGACUUAAGACAAAGGCUGAUGAAUCUGCAGUUCCAGGAUGACAGGGAAUCUCCAGUUGAUAUUUCACAAAAAUUUAGUCUACCACGUGAAUACCAAGGAAUUUCUCAAGAUCAGCUCAUUUGCUGUCUACGAAGAGAAGAAAUGGGCCCUCCAGCUUAUGAACAAGACCUGAUCGUUGCCAGCCGACCCAAGUCCUUUAUUCUCCCAAGGCUGGACCAGUUGAGCCGAAACCGGGGCAAGGUAGACCGGGUAGCCCGCUAUUUUGAGUAUAAACGAGACUGGGACUUGAUGCGGUUACCUGGUGAAGAUCAUAGGAAGGAAUUACGCUGGGGUGUCCGAGAGCAGAUGCUUUGUCGUGCAGAACACCAAUCCAAGCCUCAGCACAUAUAUGUUCCAAACAAUUAUCUAGUACCAACUGAGAAGAAACGAUCUGCCCUUCGUUGGGGUGUUCGUUGUGACCUUGCAAAUGGUGUGAUGCCCAAGAAGCUUCCCUUCCCUCUUUCUCCUUCUUAAGUCUUUUUUUUUUUUUUUAACCUGUCUCUCCUUUCACAGCAUUGUUUGGGAUAACCUGGUUCUUAACCUCUCUCCUUUUACUUAAAUAGAAACAGCUAACUCAAAAGACCAUGGAACACAGAGUAAGGACUUCACCCAUCACUGGUCUUUCCUAGGUAUAUGUCACAUUGGUAUCGGAUACCACUUAACUUCCAAAUUACCACUCAUACCUAGCAAUUGCAAGAGGAAUCAUGCCAGGAAAGGAAAAACAGACCUGGUCUUUCUGUUUUGUCAGACUAGUAAGCAAAGCCAGCACUAUUUCUGUUUUAUAAACUUGUUACCUUUGGCCAGUGUGAGUUGCUGUUUUUAUAAGUGUGUUUUUAAAGUUGCUGGGCAGUAAGCUUAUCUAUUAAAGAAUUUUGGAAAUUUGUGAA